CGAAUGAUACGUAAAGUUUAAACUUUAUAAACUAUAGUGUAAACUGUUAAGGUUAUAUUUUACUUAAGCAUGGCCAUCUCCAAAGUGCUUCUUGUUACUAUAGUUUUGAUUUCUCUGCUUCUUGUUGAGCUUGUGGAAGCUGAUGAUGACAACCAAAUGGUGAAUAAAAUUGCACCAGAGGGUUUUUACACCCCUGCUUACGCCCCUACUUAUACCUACUCUAAAUUAGAUUGUGGAGCAGCAUGUGAGGGAAGAUGUCGUUUGUCAUCAAGGCAGAAAAUGUGUGUGAGAGCAUGUGGGACUUGCUGUGCUCGUUGUAAUUGUGUCCCUCCUGGCACAUCUGGUAACCAAGAGGUUUGCCCUUGCUAUCGUGACAUGCUUACCCAUGGUGGCAGGCCAAAGUGCCCUUGAAUAUAUAUAUAGUAAUACAUAUUAUACUAGCUAGUAAUAUAUCUGUAUAAAAACUUUUAUGUAAUAUGUAUGUGUAUGUAGACUACUGAUAGUGCAGAGGGGAUUUAAAUAAAAUGCAUCAUGUUUAUGGUGGUCUUUAGGUA